AUGGCUUCAUGUCUGUGUCGAUACCGCCGGCGGAUCCUGUUCUUCUGUUCGCCGUGCAUAUUGCUACUCCCAGUCUACAUAUAUGUCUCAAUUGCUUUGUGCUAUGUCAUGAAACAUGGGGCACCUGGUGCACAUGUUCUUCAUUCUGUGCUGCCGACACACUUUACUGCCAGCGGUCUCAAAUACUCCAGAGAUCUGGCUCCUCAUCCUGCGAAAUCCUUCUGGAGAAGCGAACUAGAUGGUAGCGCUCUGUGGAACAUCAUCCAGUUCAUGACGGAUCGCCAGUAUAACCCCAUCCUAAGGCCUCAUCUGGCUGCAAACGCAGCCGGUGUUUCUUACAACACAGAAACGUCCAGAAGGACUGGGGUUGGAUGUUCUCCAAAUGAGGAGAUUAACAAUAUAAUGCCAGAUUACGCCAAUCUACCAAUCCAGAUGAAGAAUUUUGUGACUGCCAUGCACUGUCGAGACUAUCCGGUGCUCAUAGAUCCUUUAGAUGUUUGUGAUCCUCAAGCAAAGAAAUGGGCACCAGUUUUGCUCAUGGCCAUCAAAACUCAGUCUGCGAACUUUGAUAACAGGGAAGCCAUACGAGAAACUUGGGGGCGUUCAGGAAGAAUAAAAACCCGAGGUCGACGGCAAAGGCUCGUUCGCAGGGUCUUUCUUCUGGGGAAGUCCAAAGACUUGCAUAUUGAAGAGAAAUUUCUCUUCCUCACUCUCACUGUAGAGAACAGUGGCACGAUUGGUGUUUACAAAAAGAUCGCUGUCGUCAUCCUCAGAGUCGCUGUCACCCUCCUCUGUUUUUCUUUCACUUCUUUCUUUCGGUGCUUCCUCAUUCCUCUCACUGAAUGUACGAUCCUCCUGGAAUCCUUCUGGCCUGUGUAA